UGAUUUUAUUAUACGAACUUAUAUUUUGUGUACUGUUCGAGAGUUUAGCAUAUUCAUCAAGAAUAUGCCUAUUCCAUUGCAAGUUGUCAAGUGUUACAAGUACAUCGACUCUCAGCAGAAACAGUUUAUCGAGGAAUUACGUGAGUUGGUCAAGAUACCGAAUGUCAGCUCAAGUUCCGAAGCUCGAAAGUACGUCGACUCAGCCAUAAAAUGGUUACAAGCACGAUUGGUUCGAACUGGAUUCUCGGUAGAACUGAAAAAUACUGAUAAUAAGGUCUUGCCGGAACUGCUCUCCAUUUCACAGACAAACAUACCACCAGUGAUAUUAGCUACGUUGGGAAAUGACCGAAGAAAAAAGACUCUUUUGUAUUACUGUCAUUUGGACGUGUUCAAAGUGCAAUCAGAUAAGUGGGGUGCAGAUCCUUUCGUUUUGAGAGAGGAAAAAAAUGGAAAACUUUACGGUCGAGGAACUGCAAAGAUGAAGGGACCGUUACUGUGCUUUCUUCAUGCCGUCGAUACCUAUCAAGCCUUAGAGAUUAAUCUCCCGAUCAAUAUCAAGAUAAUUUGUGGUCAAGUAUCGUUAUUGAAAUCUAUGAACGAAUGUAAAAGUCUCGGGUUAGCAGAUAUGCUGCAAAGUUUACGAACUGGUUUUCUGACCAACAUCGACUGCAUGCUUAUGACUGACGGUCAGUGGACAGGAAUCACAUAUCCUUGUAUUUUGUACGCCUGUCGAGGGGUGUGUUACUUCAAUUUAAGCAUUGAGGGUCUGACCGAAGAUUUGAACAGUGGAGAAUACGGAGGCGUGGUCCAAGAACCAUUGCAAGACUUGAUUUACAUCGUCAAUCAUUUGGUGGACAAGAGUGGAACGCUCGUUAUUCCAGGGCUGGACAAAGACAUGGUGCAAGUCACCCCAGACGAGGAGAAAAUUUAUUCACAAUUAAAGUUGAACAUUCAAGAGUACAAGAAAGAUUCUGGCAUCAGAAAACUUUCCCACGACACCAGUCUUUCGCAAUCGCUAAUGCAUGCUUGGCGAUAUCCCAGUUUCAAUUUGCAUUAUGUCAAUACCUUACCACCCUGUGACUGCCCUGUUAAUUUGAAAAUCCCCAAGACUGCUCAAGCCAGAUUUUCUAUACGGUAUGAAGUUGAGAAUUUAUGCGACAUUCCUAAUAAAAUUUGGGUGCUUGUAUACACUUCCUUAGAUUUUUACACAAUAAUUUUAAUGCAGCUUUAUGCUUAUUUGAAAAGGAUUGUUCCUGACCAAACGCCGAAAAAAGUGUGCAGAUUAAUUUGCGAUCACCUUAAUAAAGUAUUAAAGUUGAGAAAUAGUCCUAACAGAGCAAGACUACGAAUGGAAGACUCUCUGAGGCCUUGGAUAGCAGAUCAUCGACAUUGGAGCUAUGAAGCAGCAAAGAACGCAUCAAAACAGGUUUACAAAGAUCCAGCUAAUUUGGUUCGCGAAGGCAAUGCUUACCCAGCAUUAUUGGAAUUUCAACAAAUCAUGCCAAAAACUAAUAUUCUUCUGUUACCUCUGGUAAGCGGUGAUGCCAAUAUUAAUAAGGAUGAAGAAUGCAUCACACUCAGAUGUUACAUGGAAGGUACUAAGCUGAUAGCAAAUUAUUUCUAUAAUUUGAGCAUCUGUUAAUGAAAGUAUAACAGAUUACUAAAUCAAAUUU